AUGUUCACUGUAAAAAGUAAGGAGAAUUUUUAAGAUUAUUCUUGUAAAUUUAAACACAAUCAGCCUGUCAGUUUAAUAAGUCUGCAGGCAAACCUACUUCCAAACUAGAGAUUAUAUUGCAAAGAAUGCAUAGAUUAGAUUGAGUAAGACUUAAAACCAAUAUAGGGAGUAUUAAAAAUAAUAGAAAAACCUUUAAAAUAGAGGUUAAAAGAAUAUGAGAAUGAACUUAUCCCUUAAUUACAAUAAUUAACAAGAAUAAGUGGAACUAUUUAUUAACUAAGAAAAACAAUAAUUUAAGAGUUGGAUGAUUUCGAAAAUAGAGUGAAUAAUUUCAUAAAUCGACUGAAAGAUAUUGGAAAAGAGAUGGCAAAUUAUAGUUUUUUUGAUUGUUUGAAUAGCUUAAUUAAAAAUUCAGGAGAAUUAGAUUUUGAACCUAUAGAUCUAAAAAAAAUCAAUGAAAAGUGGUGUAGUGAAACAAUUAGUAGCUUGAUUAAAUUUGAGUACUAUGAAGAAAAAAAUAAAAUAUAAAUAAUUUUGAAUUAAUUGAUUGGCAAGAAGGUAAUGUUGGUUAGGCAGGAAGAUACAAAAAACAAACCUGAACACACUUUUUAACAAUUACCUAGAACAAUUAUUGGUAACAAAAAACCUUUUUCUUAUGAGUUUAAAACGAAAUUUUAAUUAAAUGAAAAAGUCAAAUGUUAUUCUUUGGCAAUCAAUCAUGACAAUUCUUUAUUUGCUAUUGGUUAAGAUGAUGGCAUCAAAAUUAUGGAGAUCUAAUUUUAUUUACAAAAGUAAAAGUAAAAUGUAAAUUAAUUGGCAAUCCUUAGAGAAAAGGGAACUUAGAGAGUACAAAAUCUCGUUUUCUUCAAAAAGAAAACAACAAUGUUAAACUCAUUAAUCUCAACAUCUGAAGAUUAACUUAUUACAAUCUGGUCAAAGUAUACCAAUUUUUUUAAUAAAACUAACUGGAAUCCAAUUUUUAGAGUAAAAUAUGAAUAUGAAAUUGUUAGGAAAGCAGCAACUUCCUAGAUUUAAUUUUUGUAACUGAACUUUGCUGAAAAUGAAUUCUUCUUCUCUCGAAGCUAUUCUAUCUAUUUUUAUUAAUUUGCUAAAUAAUCUUGGACUUCUGAAUAAUAAAUUUAGAUUUCUAGUGAAUGUAUUACCGGUUUAUCUAUUAAUCCUGUUGGAAAUCAAUUAAUAGUUUCUAGUCACUGGAAUAUCACAAUAUAUGAAUUGAUUAAUUCUAUUUGGAUAUUAAAAUAAAAAAUACAAAUAAUUGGAACUGGAGUUUGUUACAUAAACAACUUCACGUUUAGCUUCUAUUAAAAAUAAUCCUAAGCGGUAUCCCUCUACUCAUUUGACUCCAACAUAAAACAAUAUAUAAAAACUAGUGAAAUUAUUUAUAAGGGAACAAUUAAAAAAGAAGAAGUAUCCUAUUAUUAAAUUGGGAUCUUUGUUGCAUUUAAGAAUUUAUUAUUAAGUAUUAAUGGAAGUGCUAUAAAUAUCUUAAAAUUUUCUUUUUCGUCAGAUUUUUAAAAUUAUGAGUGCAAUUUAGCAUAAUCAAUAGAACUUAGAGAUGGAAAUCUAAAUGGAAGUAUUAGUGAUAAUGGAGAGAUUCUCAUAAUAUAUGAUCCUUCUUUAAAUGAGAUUUAAAUUAGAGAAUUUUAAGAAUAAUAUUGA